CUUGAAACAACUGUUUCCUAAAAAUGGAGUUCUGAAUGACACAGAAGCUGGCCUGAGCUAUGUAAGGUAUCCAGGGUUUGGUCUCUCAGCUUCUCCUAUUUUUUGCCUUUGUCUUCAAACAAGGGUUGCUUACUUGCUGCAGAUGCUUCCUGGUGACCUGAAUCCAUCUUGAUCUAUCUCCUGAAAAAACGUGGGGAUCAAAACAGUGCACAGAGAUCGCUGAAUUUCUCCAUGCUUUCCCCCUAAAAUUUCCUUUUCUUCUCCCAGAUAAACUCACAGAAGUCCAGCAGUAUGAAGGCAGCUUGCUGGUUCCUGGCAGUUUUUUAUGUGCUUGCCUGCUACAGGGCUGAAGAAGGACUGGACUUCCCUACCUAUGAUGGGAAAGAUCGUGUGGUUGACUUGAGUGAGAAAAACUACAAGCAGGCCUUAAAGAAGUACGAUAUGUUUGGUGUGCUGCUCCAUGAACCAGUGACUUCCGACAAAAGCUCUCAAAGACGGUUUCAAAUGACUGAGAUGGUGCUCGAGCUUGCUGCACAGGUCCUAGAGGAGAAAGGCAUUGCUUUUGGAUUACUGGAUUCUAAGAAAGAUGCAAAGCUUGCAAAAAAACUAGGUUUGGAUGAAGAAGGAAGCCUAUAUGUCUUUAAGGAGGAUCAUAUAAUAGAGUUUGAUGGGCAAAUGUCAGCAGAUGUCUUGGUUGAAUUCCUAUUGGAUCUGAUGGAAGAUCCUGUAGAAAUCAUUAACAGCAAACUGGAACUUCAAGCCUUUGACCACAUGGAGGAGGAUAUCAAACUUAUUGGCUACUUCAAAGGAGAAGAUUCAGAACAUUACAAAGCAUUUGAAGAAGCAGCUGAACACUUCCAGCCUUAUGUCAGGUUCUUUGCCACAUUUGACAAAGGGAGCCACCCUGCGCAAGUUGCAGCCUGAAGACAUGUUUGAGAUCUGGGAGGAUGAUCUAGAUGGAAUUCACAUUGUGGCAUUUGCUGAAGAAGACGAUCCAGAUGGCUUUGAAUUCCUGGAAAUUGUCAAGCAGGUUGCCAAAGACAAUACUGAUAAUCCUGAUCUAAGCAUUGUCUGGAUUGAUCCUGAUAAUUUUCCUCUGCUGAUCACAUACUGGGAAAAGACAUUCAAGAUUGACCUGUUCAAGCCACAAAUUGGUGUGGUCAAUGUCACCGAUGCUGACAGUGUCUGGAUGGACAUCAGGGAUGAUGAUGAACUCCCUACAGUUGAGGAAUUAGAAGAUUGGAUAGAAGAUGUGCUUUCUGGCAAAAUAAACACAGAAGAUGAUGAUAUUGAUGAUGAUGAUGACGACGACGAUGAUGACGACGAUGAUGAUGAUUAGGUUACAGCUCGUUGAAUACUGAACACCAAAAUCUGUGUAUCUCAAAAUACUAUGCCUUACAGUAUUUCUCUUCUAAAGGGAAAAUACUGUUCUUUUUGACUUCAUAGUCUUGAUCCCUUUCAUUUGUCCCUUUUCCCAAAUACCAUCUUCACCCUUCUGGCUUCCACAAUGUGAGCUCUAUACCAACAGUAAGUUAGAAAUUAUUACUAUUUAAUUGUGUAAGCUCAGUGUUUAUGCUCCCUGCAGGAAACUUUAAAUCUAUGAAUAUGUUUAUUCAUAAGAAUAAGAGAAAAUAAAGAAUUACAUGAGUUAUCAAGGACAUUUCUACCCUACACUACUCCCAACAGAAUGGCUUGCGAAAUCAAGGUGUAGAAAAGGGAAAUAGUGGGGAACAAUAGGCCUUUUCUCCCUGUUCUUCUAUCCUUGGGAUUAUGGGCUCAUGUUUUCUCCACAUGCCAUCUGUGGAGGACAUGUUCUCUACAAUGGAAUGUCAGCCUUUGAGCCAAACUAUUCUUGAAGUUUAUUGUUUUCCCCUUUCCUGCUACUUGUUUCCCUGACAGCGACAGAAGAAAUGAUCCCCCAACUUUGAUGGACUUAUUGCUGAGAUUCAGUAAGAGGAACCCUGUGUGGUAGCACUUUUCCAAAUGGCAUACUUUCUUCCCAUCUUGGGAGAUCACAGGAAAACACAUGUGGUGGAUGUGGGGAAGAGUCCAGUUGGCUUUCUUUUGGAAAGACUUCCAUCUAUUCUCCAAACGGGUCUAGGAUAAUUUGCCACAGCCAACUCACCACAGCCAUCCAUGCAAUUCCAUGCCA